ACCGGGGGCAUAUUGGUCAACACGGAAAGGGGAAAUUCCAUUCGGAAAAAUAUUAAAUGGUUUGCAGAAUGGAGAGAAGUGGGGUAGAAGACAAGAGAAACGGCUUCCUUGAAAUCUUUUACAACUGCCACCCAUUUAACAGAGAGGCUCCAACACAUUACACACACUAUUACACCUCCCUAAACACGCACCAACACCACCCCUUUUCUGCUUCCUUUUCCUUUGUUGGGUUUUUCCUAAUAAAUUUCUCUUCUUUUUUUUUAAUUUUUAUUUCUACAACAGUUUUUUUGCCUUGUAUUUCGUACAAUUCGUUUAUCGAUUCUCUAUUGGAUUUGGGGUGCCUUUUAAUUUGUUCUGGCAUCGGAGUUUCCAAUACCACUCCUCGGAUUUUCAGAAAUUUUGUGUUUUUUUUGGCUGGGAGGUGAGAAGUUUCAAGGGGUUGAAAUACCUACUUAGUAGCGGGGGAGAUCUCACAUUGGUGCUCUGGGCUUUUGCGGUAAUUUUUAGUUGGAUAUUUUGGGUUUAUCUCAGCUAAUUACAUUUUCUGGGGUGUUCGAUUUUGGGUUGAUCUGUGAAAGGAGAGCUUAAUUUUGUGUGAUAGAUAUUAAUUUGUCUAUAUUUAGAGUUGAGGGCGGAGAAAUAUGUGGAUUUUAUCCAGAUUUUGGGAGAAACUCUGUAAGGUGGCUGAAGGGGGAUCUCGCUAUUGCUCCAAAAAGUCCGAUGAUAUGUGCGGUGAAUCCUGCGAUGAGGACUCAGGUCGAGCUCUAAGCAUGACAAGGCUGAAAUGUAUUUUGCGUGGCCUGGAUAUAAAGACAUAUAUCUUCCUACUGAUUUUAGUGCCAACAUUAGUCUUUGCUGUCUAUGUUCAUGGUCAAAAGAUUACAUACUUUCUGCGUCCGUUAUGGGAAGCGCCACCAAAACCCUUUCAUGAAAUUCCACACUAUUAUCAUGAAAAUGUGUCAAUGGAGAACCUUUGCAAGCUUCACGGUUGGGGGAUACGGGAGUACCCACGGCGUGUCUUUGAUGCAGUUCUGUUCAGUAAUGAAGUGGAUAUUCUUACUAUAAGAUGGAAAGAGCUUUACCCUUUCGUGACAGAAUUUGUUCUGCUUGAGUCAAAUUCAACAUUUACUGGAUUGCCAAAGCCCUUAGUGUUCAACAGUGUCCGAGAUCAAUUUAAAUUUGUGGAGUCACGAUUGACUUAUGGUCAAAUUCCAGGGAGAUUUAAAAAAGGAGAAAACCCGUUCAUUGAGGAGGCUUAUCAGCGACUUGCACUGGAUUUUCUUCUAAAAAGAGCUGGUAUUCAGGAUGAUGACUUGUUGAUUAUGUCCGAUGUUGAUGAGAUACCUAGCCGGCACACAAUUGAUCUUUUGAGAUGGUGUGAUGACACUCCGCAAGUCCUUCAUCUUCGUUUAAAAAACUAUUUAUACUCUUUUGAGUUUUUGGUGGAUAAUAAUAGCUGGAGAGCUUCAAUCCAUCGAUAUCAGUCUGGAAAGACAAGAUAUGCUCACUAUCGGCAAGCUGAGGUGAUACUGUCUGAUGCAGGCUGGCAUUGUAGUUUUUGCUUCCGUCGGAUCAGUGAGUUCGUAUUCAAGAUGAAAGCGUAUAGUCACUUCGACAGGGUUAGGUUUAAAAGGUUUUUGAACCCCAAACGAUUGCAGAGGGUAAUCUGUGAAGGUGCUGAUCUAUUUGACAUGCUUCCUGAGGAGUACACAUUCAAGGAAAUCAUAGGGAAAAUGGGACCUAUUCCUCAUUCUUAUUCAGCUGUUCAUUUACCAGCUUUUCUUUUGGAGAACGCCGACAAGUAUAAAUUUCUUUUGCCGGGAAAUUGCAUGCGGGAAAGUGGCUGACUUGACCGGAUUUGACUGGAUGGCGUUCUUCUUGUAAAGGCUUUUGGUUGCAGAGCAGCUAGGUGGCUCCUCUUGGAUAGUGUUUGUUAACAAUUCAUGAUGGUAGUCUUGUCACUAUUGGAAUCAUGCUACCAUGCUCCCCUGAGCUAUUUGCACCAUUCUUUAGGACAUGUUUGGGAAGCGUUGCUGAAUGCUCUGAGAUUCCUAGGUGAAAUUUUGUAUAUAUAUAUUUUUGAGAAAUCGGAUGUUCCUGCAGAAUAUGGAGUAUAAUCUGUUUCACAAUCUGGGGAAUUGUCAUGGUAGUAGAGCUAAAGUCCCUUUUGCUUUGGGGCUUGUCUAUGAUGACUUUGUACCUGUGUACCAUAUGACCCCUUAAAAAUGUGCCCUAGAUACAUUCUGGUUUCUAGGCUUUUUCCUGAUAUUAGGAAAUUUUGUUUGCGGACAAGCAGACUAAUUUAUUCAUAUAUUUUCCCAACUUGUGGCGUUGCUUAACUUUCUUCUAACCUCUAUCUGGAUAGUUUAUCUACUCAAAUUUUAGCUUAGAAGUACUGUAUAUGCUCCUUUAGAUGGGACCUCCUUUCUUUCUGGGGAGGGAGUUGGUACAGUACACUAGUUGUUGAGCUAUGUGAAAGUGUGCGCGCUCCUGUAGUGUAACCUUCCCUUUUUGGUAUAGUUUGGAGUAGGUAAGGUUGUUCAUUUUCUGCAGACUUAACCUUCAGUUACCUGAAGUCUCUUGAUCACUGUAAACGAAAUCUGUAAAAGCUCGGGACGAUGUGUUCUUGCUGCCUGUGAAAUAGGGUUUUUGCGGUGCACAAACUGAGGUAUGGUAGAUACAAAUGUUUAUUUGAUUCUAUAGCCCCUCCUCAGGCCCCAAGUUAGGAUGAGUUCUGCGAAAAGUAUUUCUUCGAAGUUUGUUUUGCGAGGAAGGCUGGGGGGAGGGACCCCUGAUACUUGUAUGCAGAUUCGCUGCUGAAUUCAGCUCUAUGAACUCUUCAGACCCGGAUUUGGGUGAAUGUCACCCGACCAACAUCAUCCUGGUCAACCCUGCACUUGGAGGGUCAGAAGAUGUAAUUGAACAUUUCAACCCUGGACCAUUCAUAAUGUGAGGUUGAAUGGUAGAGAUUUUGACAUGGAAAAGUAGAGGAGUCCAGCGAGGAAGUAUCAGAUGCCUCAACAUUUAAUUAAAAGUUUUGAUUGAUUGUUUAUUUGUGUUACAACUUAUAAGGUUGGCACAUCUGUUGGGUCAUAUCCUCUUCACCGGAAUCAUCAAGAAUCAGCAACGUGCUGCUCAAUCAUUGUGAAUUGGUGAUGAUAUACAUACAUUCAACAGUCUUUUAAGGAUGGAUAUUAUUCUGGGAGCAGCUUACUUAGUCUGGUGGAUAAUUGUCCCUUUUGAGAAUUUCUGAAAUGUGAACGACCUGUUGGUCCUUUUUUCUUUCUUUUUUAUUGGUCCGUUUGUUUAUCUGACAUUUUCAACUGAGCAAAAGUCACAUCUUUGUUAUCACUUACGGUCUUUUAAUUUAAAAAUACAGUGCCACCCAAAAUAACUUUUUUGCUUAUCAUACCCAAGAAAUUUACAUAGCAAAAAGAAGAAUACAG